CACAUGUCUCUGUAUUGUGUUAUUAUUGUUAUUUAGUUUCUUUAAUAGAAUGAGACAGAUGCUUCGCAAUUAAAUUACAGAAGAUGAAAAAAGGCUCUGAAGGUCCUCCUGGGCCUGACCCUGACCCAUCAGGACCCUCUGAUGUCUCAAGACCAGGACCUGCUCCAGGCCCAUCUCAGGAGGAACCCUCUUUCUCUGAGCUACAGGACUACAUCCUGAACCUAUCUGAUGAGGAGUGGAUGGCAUUCGCCAGCAUGCUUCAUACCCCUAUGACCAGGACACACUUCCUGCAAAUAUGUAAGGCGAUCCUUAGAGUGGUCAGCUUCUGCUCCAUCACCAUGGUCUUGCCAGCCUAUGUCUGCUUGACCAAGCAUGCUGAAAUGGCUUUCAGCAGACCUGAAAGUGCCACUAGCUCCGCCUCAUCAUCUGAAAUCACUCCAAAAAGACCAGGGAGUCAGAUGUUCCUCAAGCUGAAAAGUGCUCUUGGAAGUCUGCAGAAAUCUGUGGCAUGGCAGAAGGCAUCUCGCUCAGCCGAUGCACCUGCUCAGUGGCAAAUGGUAGCAGAACAUGGAAGUGAAUCCCAUGACCUGACCUGUAUGGCAAAGACCCUGGAAAGGCUCCUUUCCACCGACAAUAUCGACAACAUUGCCAAGGGCCUUGUGGAUCAAAUUCAGGCUGUUCGGCAGGACAGGAGCCCAACUCUGGAUGGAAAAAGUAGCCCUGGGUCUGACAGUCUUAAGGCCGCUCCCCAGAGGGCCACUCAGGUAGUGUACUCUUUCACUGAGCAGGCCAUCAAGGGAUUGCUGCAGCCCUUCCUUCUCCCUCUGAUGGAAUGGAAUGCCGGUCGAGAUGUUGCCAUGUCCGGAAUCUCAGUUUCAGGGAUUGGAAGCACACCAGCAGAAAAAUCCCUUCUUGGACAAGAGAAGCCUGACUGCAGCUGUCUGGUAGCCAGGUUAAUGCAAGCACUGCCCAGCGUGCCCCAUCAGCAAACAUCACAUUUUACAACGUUUGCGAGAUCAAGCUCUUCAACCGAAGUUGCAAAUGUCUUCUCCCAGCUCAUGACCUCCCAGGUCAUUGACAUGAUCGACUCAGAGAUGGCAAAACAUCUUGAUCAGAAGAUGACGGAAGAUGAAGCUUUGGAUGAAGCAAGGAUCCUGUCAACAACACCUGACAAAGAUGAGCCUGUGCUUGGCAAACUCCUUACCUCUAGCCCUGAUGUCCAAGGUGGUUUGAUGUCAAGGCUCCUCAAAAGGUUCCUCUCAGAGUUCAAAUCGAAUGAUUUGCCUGUCCUUGAUGCAGUUGAUGAUGUCCCAGCCUCGGCAUCCAUCAGUGAGAAGACUCAGUCCGCAUCCGCCAAACUUGAAGAUGUGCUAGGGCUCUUCACAAGUGUGAUGGUUCACAAAGUGUUAGAGCUCCUUGAUGCCGACUUGGAAGUUAAGGGCGGUGACCUUGACCUGGAUGAGAGAGUUUUUGACACAGACCCAAGACCUCAGAGUGCACAUAGCAUUCCUUUGAGCUCUACACCUCCUUCCAUGCCACACUCAGAUUCCACAAUCCCUGACAUAUACAAGUAUGUGACUGCUCGUGACAAACAGUUCAUCUCUGCUGCGUGCAAGCAUCCUGGAGACACCAAUGACAAUGGCUGUUUGGUCACAGCACUGGUGCUGCGUCUGUUGACCAAGAUGACUGUCACUACAGAUGCUAAAACGGACACCCAGAAGCUGCUGGAACAACUCUUGCUCGAGUUUACCAACGCGUCAGGCACUCUGGACUUCAGCGUGUAUCAGAGCAAUGCCAAACUGAAGGCGCUGUACCACACCCUGAAUACACUCCUGCUGAGGAACUUUGGAUCACAGGGCAUCCUGCAGAGACCAGUGGAUGCAAAGGACUCCUCAUUCGAUGACCUACUGCUGUCAGCUUUGAGCAAGGAGCUGCUGAAACAAUGUGAUGCAAAAGUCACGGCUGCCACAUCAGCCCCAGGUGCCCCACCCCCUCCUGAGCCUCAGGCAGGAAGCACAGGCAGCAAAACACACAAGAGGUGGUUCAGCUUCAAGAUUCCAAAGAGACACAGCAAGACAAAAGUGUCUCCCUCUGGCGCCAUUUCUCCUGACACCAAUCAGAGCAAUAACGCUGAUGCGGCUGUGCCUGUCCAGAAGGCUCGUAAACGCUCGAUGUUCAUCAGAUUGUUCGCGUGUUGCUUCAAAGGCUCAGAGGAAUCCUGAACCCCCUUCCCUUCUGCCAAACUUCCCCAAACUCCCUCUGUAUCCCCCAUUUUCCCAUAAACUCCAUAUCCCCCCAUAUCCACACACACACAUGCUCACAAACACGCGAAGACAAUAAAAACAGUUAAAAAAAAUAAAAUAAAAU